AUGUCAAGAUGCUUUGGUAUAUCUAGUAUUCAAUAUCAAAUUCAUAAAUUUUCUUUCAUCACAUCAUUAUUAAUUCUUGCACAAAAGAGACAAAAGAAGGAUAAAAUUGACAUAUUUAAAGUUUCCAGAAUUCAUUUGCAAAGAUAUUCAGAGGUAUCAAAUAUUAUACAAAAAAUUCCUAAAAUUUAUACAACUGAAUCUAAAGUAAAGAUUGAUUGGCAAGAUAAUCAGACAAAAUGUUAUCAUCAAAUUACAAAACAAAGACUUUUAGAUACAUUUUCGAUUCCAGAAGAUAUCAAACCAUUAUCCAUAUCACCUGAAUUUAAUGGACACAAAAGUUUUUUUAAAUGGAGUUGGUUAAGAAGACAUUCUUAUGAUCCAAAAUUCAUUAAUUCACAACAAAUUUUAAAUAAUAAAAAAACUUUAUGGAAUGCUGCUAAAAUUAAGGAUAAUCUACCAAUUGUACAAUACCAUAAAGUAAUGCAAAACAAAGAAGAUUUAGCAAUUUGGUUAAAAAAUAUUGAUGAAUUUGGAUUUUGUUUUAUAGACAAUGUUCCCCCUACAAUUAAAGAAACAGAAGAGUUAGCAAAGAGGAUUUGUUUCAUUCGGGAAUCCCAUUAUGGAAAAUUUUGGGAUUUUACUGCUAAUAUGGAACAUGGAGAUACUGCUUAUACCACUUUAGCUCUAAAAGCUCAUACCGAUAACACAUAUUUCACAGAUCCAUCUGGGUGGUGA